GCUAAGCUAACUCCAGUCCCCGUUUGCCCAACUGGCUUCAAUAUAUAUGUUUGUAGUUAACUUUAACUCGAAUUAACAUUGAUUUUCGCUUAUCGAUUUGGCUUUGGUGUUUUCUCUUACUCAGUCCUCAUAUGUUGCCGUAAUUACCCCCCCUCUCAACAUUUAAUUAACCCACAGUAUUCGCUAUUGUAUCAGUUUUAUAUUCCGAAAUACUUAUUUUUGUCGUGUUUCGUUGGUGUAAAAUACACCACAGCCUUGGCUUUACAUUGCUAGUAUAUUUGUUUUUUUGUUGUAUUCAGACGUGUUGGCUAAAUGUGUCACUAACGUUAACUAAAACCGGAAUGUUGUUCAGCUAUAGCUAACGACGUUAACGUUAGUUUGUAAUGAAUUGUAGGUCGGGUGUUAGACAGCAGCCUGGCCAGUGAAUGUCAUUAUCAGUGCUGUCUGCAUACCAGUGCCAUGACCAUGGCGAGCCAGAGGAGGGGAAGUAGAGUUUGUAGACGAGGGGGAGAGAGAGAGAGGAGAGAAAGGGAGUUUGGAGAGGAAAUGAAUAUGAAUGGAGCUGUGCGCGUUGUCCUUGUUAGCUACGAAGGAGAAAAAAACAGGGAAGCAGACAGAGACUUAGACGCAACAAUCUGAACAGAAACACUGCAGUCUCCACCAUGUACCUUUCUGAAGACCAGAAGAUCUGGAACAUUUGAAAAGAUACUAACAAAACACACAGACUACUCAACGGGGGACUAAUAGAUCCAAGUGAAGGGGGUAGUGGAAAGACUCAUCCGUAGCUCUAACUCUGACAUGGCCAGUACUCAGACGAGUCUGAAAACCCCAUUCAAAGACCUGACCUCGUUCAAGGGCAACAUGAAGCAGCUGUACCGUGAGAGAAUAGAAGACGUGCCCAUUAAGAAGAGGCUGAUGGCUGAAAUGAACCUGAAACGCCGAAACCUGGACCCUCUGCCCCCCCUGCCCUGGACCCCCAAGGUAAAGAGGGAGGCUGGGGAAGAGCAGAACCAGGACCGGGAGGUGGAUCCAGGCAUGACUAGAUCAAUAGAGAUGGACAGUAGGGGGGAGUUCCAGGUAUGUGGAGCAAAAGCUUUAGACCUGAGCCCCGGGCUGAAACACACGCUGGCAGCCUUCACUCUCAGCAGCGCGCGCUCUCUAGGGGGCCCAGCAGCCUUCUCAGCCCGCUCUGGCCACGAAGCAUCCUCCUCCCCCGGCCCUGGUUCCUACCCUGGCAUGGCACCUCUACCCUCCCCUCCUGUGCUGGGAGGUAUACCCCUGCUGGUGCCCAGUGACAGCUCCACAGAACUCAGCCACUCCCUUCUCGAGGGAGAAUCCAUCUCGUGCUUUGCCGUCGGCGGGGAGAAACGCCUCUGCCUCCCCCAGGUGCUCAACUCGGUUCUCCGCCACUUCUCCUUGCAGCAGAUCAAUUCCGUGUGCGACGAGCUCUAUGUGUACUGCUCACGCUGCGACGGGGAACAGCUCCACAUACUCAAGGUGCUGGGUAUUUUACCCUUCAAUGCUCCGUCCUGUGGCCUCAUCACCUUAACUGACGCCCAACGCCUCUGCAACGCCCUCCUCCGCCCGGGGGCUGUCCUCCCCUCCGAACCCAUCACCAAGCUACCCGGCCAGGAGCUCCUCAAGGAGACGGAGGCCAGCUUCCAGGUGGAGCACCAGUGUCUGGGGAAAUGCCAGGGUCUGUUCGUUCCCCAAUUCUACGCCAAGCCAGAGUCGCCCUGUAUUCAGUGCGUGGAGUGCCAGCUGCUCUUCUCUCCGCAGAAGUUUGUGAUGCACUCUCACAAGUCGCCGGACAAGAGGACCUGUCACUGGGGCUUUGACUCGGCCAAAUGGCCGUGCUACCUGCAGCUGGGGAGGAAGUACCUGGGAACGGCAGAGGAGCCGCAGCUCAAACAGCUGUUGGAGGACAUGAAGGACAAGUUCCACUACAACCGAAUCAGCGACAAAAAGGUGGUAGAAGAGGACGGCGAGGUGAGAAGAUUGUCUCCUCCAGAACCUCUAGCGUCUCUUAACAGUAAACUAGCCGACAACGACGCAGCGACCAAGGUUCAAGGCCAAGCCCAGGCUACUCUGGUGUUCCCCCACAUCAAGGAAGAGCCCAGUCACCCCAGUUACAACCUGUAUACAUAUGAUAAGAUGGUGGCUCCUAAUGUGUCUCUGAGGGAUCAGCCGGAGGUCAGCUCUGAGGUUCUGGGGGAGCUGCUCAAACACCACUACAGUAGGAGACUGGCCCUCGGCCACCAAGACACUGCUAUGGGUCAGUACCACACACACACACAUCUCCAUGCCUCUCCCCCUGCUCCUCCUGUUGUCAAUGACGCCAAGUCUCAGCAGCGCGUUGUUUCUACUGCUGACCGGGACCGCCAGCAGCCAGUUUCCAUGGAGACCAUCCCCAGCAACAAGAGUUCUUCUGCUGUAGCGAUGACCACGUCGGUAGCGGCGCCGGGGAGUAAAGAUGUCCUGUCUUCUGUCUGUGAGGACGACAAGGAAAGGAUCGUAGUGGAGAUCGUUCAGAUGUACAGCAGACAGCAGGAGAAGCUGCAUUCCACCCUGCACAACCAGCUGCAGCUAGAGAUGGAGUUGGAGGCGCUGCGUGGAGGUGAGGCUGUCAGGCUGCAGCAGCUGGCAGCAGAGCAGUGUGAGCUGCAGAGUGAGCUGGAGGCGGUGCACACUGAGCAUGCCCACAGGCUGGGGCAGGUGAGGGAGGAGCAGAGGGAGUUGGAGCACAGACUGGAACAGCUGAGGCAGCAGAGCUGUGUGUGUGACAACACACACCAGGAGGAACGCUAUGCUAACCAGCUUGCAGAGCUGCGUGGGAGGUUGGAUGGUGCAGAGGCUGACCGGGAUAAGCUCCAGGAAGAGUUGAGGAGUGAGCGGGAUGCCCGGGAGAAGCUGGAGAGAAUCAUCUCUCAGCUCCAACAGCAGAUGGGCCAGACGGCCUCCACCUCGGCCUCCUUCGUCACUACAGGGAGCCCCUCUCCGCCCCCCACCCCCUCCUCUCACCCCCCCCACACAGAGGGACACACCGCUGGCCCUGCCGAGCAGCAGAACGGUCAUGCUCAUAAGUAGAGGAACUUAAGAAAUGCCCUUCUGUCUCUCUCACCUCCGUUCUUUUGCUGCGACUCCCUCCCUUCAUCCCUCACCCCCCUGCUGGGAGAGACGGCAGCCCUUCAGACACAGACAACCCCCUCCCUCACCAUGUCUACCCCCUUCUCCCCCAGGCUGCUUCUCUCAUGUUGAUUAUGGCAGCCCCCCCGCACCUCUCUGAUUCAGAGGGGUUGGGUUAAAUGCGGACACAUUUCAGUUGAAUGCAUUCAGUUGUACAACUGACUAGGUAUCUCUCUCCCUCCUCCUCUUUAGUUUUUUGGAUAAGGAUUCCUGUUUGUCUAUUAAUUUAACACCACAUUAGUUUAAUGUUUUGGUUUACUGUCCGUAAACACUAUUUCAACUUUUUGGGGAUAUACAUGUUUGUUUUUUAAUUUAUAGUUUUACUGAAUGAACAAAUGACUGCUUGGCAGACCGAUAGGAGUAGGAUGUUUUUAAGGACACUCUCCUCCUUCCCUCGCAUCCUCUCCUCCUUCCCUCGCAUCCUCUCCUCCUCCCUCCUUUAGAUUGUGGAUUUGAUGUGUUGCGUGUGGGAGGUCAAACAGACAGUUCUAUCCUGGCCCUGCCCCUUGACUCUGUUCUGAACUGCGGUUACACUAGCGUUGUCACUCUUUCUACUACUACCUUGCACGCCAACUGGAGCUGCUGGAGCUAAGAUGGCGCCCGCUUGGGUGUUCCCCAUCUCAUACAGACAGUCCAGUGCUCUGGCCCAGCUACUAGCCACACAGGACAUUUUAUGGAUACACAUUUUCGUUUCACCUUUGUUUAAAAAAAUAAAAAAUCCUUAUACACAUUACUUUCAAAUAAGCGAAAAGUGGUUUUGAGUUUGAGUGUUUGAUUUCCCUGUUAGCAACAGUUAGGGUCUUGCCACCCUCUCUCCUCUGUGAGACCCUCUCUGUCCCAAAUAGUAGACUAUUCCCCGUAUAGUGCACUACUUUUGACAAAAGUAAUGCCAUAUUCCCUAUAUAGUAGUGCACAAUAUAGGGAGUAGGUUGUUAUUUGGGAUGCACACUCUGAGAGCUGCAGGGGCUAGCUGUCUGCCUGGGGGAAUAUGGGUCACAGGUGAAAGGAAUUAGUCCAGACUGACAUCUGAUCUGCCUGCCUAGGAUCCAGGCCCCUUCCUCUUUCCCCUCCACCUUAUUCCACCUCACUGAACAAACAGAGCCUUGCCUGGCCCAGGCAGGGAGGUACAGUCAGGCAAAGAGAGCGUGGCAAGGAAGAGAGGAAGGGGAGAGACCGGGAGUGCAGGGGGCAGACACCCUCUCACGCUGGGUGGGCCGGAAGUAGAAGUCCAGGCGAACAGCACACCCAGCCCCAAUCAGCUAGCUCACACAGAAUGGAUUUAGCCGCCACAGGCGGACCCUAAGAGAGCAGGGAAGUCUUUUUAUAGCCCCCCCCCCCCAGACCCUUAGAGCCAGGUUGCAUGUAAAUAGUUAUUUAAGAGGGCCUUGGUUUAUUUUUUAUGCAUCUGCUAUACAUGCAAAUUGGUAGACAUUCCACUGUGCUCGGACUUCUCAAUGCAGAUCUCUAAAGAAAGAGUUUCCUUUAGAACCGAGUUUACACCAUGCCCUGACACAGUACUUAUAAUAUAGUAGGACUUAUUUUGUUAUUAAGCAGCAACGUUUAAACAAAGCUUCAAAACCCAUUAUUUUCAUGAGGACAAAAACCACCCCACGAAACGGACGCCCUGGGUGUCUGAUGUAAAAUUCAGUUACAUGCAGAACAAAUCCAAUCCAUUCUGCUCUACCGACCGUUCCAUAAACUUUUGGAAAUUAUUUUGAGGGGGGAAAAAAUAUAUUUAAUGUAUCAACUAAAGAUUUAUAUUCACUUUGUACAUAUAUUAACUAUGCCAUGGGAUAAUAUUCUAAAGGUUAUUAUAAAAUUGACUGGACCAGGCAAGGCCGACGCUCUAAAAACAUCCGUUAUGUUUCUGUUGCCUGAGUCUUUGAAACUUUCAGAUUUGACUUGUCGUUUACUCUGCUAAAGGAACACUCCGCAAUACAACGUCAUCAUACGCAGCGACAGACUUCUUGUUUACCGUUAUCAACAAUAGCAGAAUUCAAGACUGAUCGGCUGUUAACAAUUUUUUUUUUUUUUUUACGCCAUGCCUACAUUGGGACUAACGGAUAGUGGCUGUCUUGGCAGAUUAUAAUUUAUUGUUGUCGCUCCGCUGUGUACACUGACAUUGUGGAGCGCACUUUUUUUUUAAAUUGCUGUUGAAGUGCAUGGUGUUCGGAUACGGCCGGAGGGCUGAAUAGGAAAGGAAAUACGUCGUUACAGUACUUCCCAGACCUGAUUACCUUGAUUUGUUUAUUUCGUGGAUGAUGAUUUCACCCUGAUAGACUUGACGUGUAAUCAUAAUGUAUACGCUUUCGCUCUUAAUCCAAUUUUCGUACACUAAACCACAUCCCCAGACAAAUUUGAAUAUGCACCGAACAUGUUUAUUUUUAAAAACUAAAUUUGAAAACAAAACAAAGGUUUGCAUGUAACUAAGUAAAUGGAUCCCCUUAAUAUGGUUUGUUAGUUUAAUGAUAUCUGACUUAAUAUGUUUAUGGUAUAAAAACGAAUUGUUUGUGUACUAAGUGACACUAUUCUCUAGUGCCCAUAGGGCUCUGGUAAAAAUAAAAUAAAUGGUGCACUAUAUACGGAAUAGCGUGUCAUUUGUGACAGACAAGUGGGGAGGGAGAACCUAACACACAACUUGUUGACCAACUACCUAAUCAAACUAUACAAAUGUAGCCUCUAGAUUCUGCAAAGUGGAGCGAGAGAGAGAGAGAGAGAGAGAGAAGUGUGUUUGGUUCUGAGCGCAUGUGUAUUUGCCAGUGACCGAAGCACAGUAGCGAUGAAAAAGGGGAGAGAUUUAUUAUAAUGUGCCGCUGUGGGUUGUGUCCUAAUUUUUUGUCAACACUUUCUCGUCUUGGGGGUAUAGGGUCCUUGGGACUGCAUUGAUGUUUUACAUCACAAGAUAAUCAGUAUUAGGUUUUGUUAUUAUCGCCAUAGUUACCUCCUAGAACAGUCUACAACAAUCGUUUUGGGGUAUCAAAUGUAUUUCUUGUACUUCUAUGUUUUCUGUUGGUGUAAAUUACAUUUUAUACAGAAGAGGGCGCUCUAUAUUUACUUUAGUUUAAUGCCAUGCUAAUGAUGUGAUGGAUACAAUGGCUUAAAAUAAAUCAAGACAUACUAUGCUGUAACACGGUGUGCUGUGCCCUCUUGCAUUUGCAAUGUUAUGAGAACUAGAAGACUAUGGGUCCUGGUCAAAGGUUGUGCACUAUAAAGGGAAUAGGUUGCCAUUUGGGACUUAACCACAGUCAUGUACAGUUUAUUUAUUUUUAUUUUCAUUUUUUAUAGCUGUGUAUUUUGUCCAAUUCGACUUACUACUAGACCCUUGGCCUUGCUUCCGGAGCACAGUUAUACAGUAACUAGCAUUUCCAUAGUUUAAUUAUUAUUAUUUAUUUUUUUACAUCCAUCCCCAAUGGAUUGUUCCCAGAUUUAAAUGGAUAGCGCAGCGAUUUAGCUUUUUAUUUUUUAAAUUAGUGAAAUCACUGAACGAUCCCUUUAAUGAAGGUGACGUAGUGUAGAAGAGGUAGUACUCUGUAAACGAUAGUAUAAGUUGGAUUUGGGAUCCGCUGAAGAAGUGUUGGAUCAAUUGUUUCCAUUUAUGCUUUGUAGUUUGGAUAUUUAUUUAGGAACACCGUUCUUAUUUAGCAGCGUGGGAGCUAGCUAGGAUGUUAAUCCAACACAAAAAAAUGGUUAUGUAUGUUUUGGUUUUCUCUGAGGUAUAAACACUACGUGUACGCCAUAUUUUCAGUUUAAACUUAGUAGGCUACACCUGACAUCGUAGUUUAAAAAUAAGAAAAUAUUUUUAUGGCUGUUUAAAAACGAACUUUUCUUUUUCUUAAAAUGCUAUAUUCUGAAAGAUGUAUGGCAGUGAGUGUCUGUAUGACUUUUGCAAACCAUGUUGCCAACAACAAUGCAGUGCGAUUGAGACGUUUGUUCUUUGCAUGAAACGAGACACGGUUCUCCUACCUCAUGUUGUGAUAUAAAAUGUUUUUUAAGCAGAGGACACUGCAUCUUUAACCGUUGGUCAUAAUUGAUAUUUACUAGUAUAUGAUGACAUACGUGUACAUGCUUUUAGCUAAUACCUCAGUUGUAUUUCUAGUGUUCUGUUUUCUCUCCCUCCCCCUGAUCUCAGACCUUGUAAACAUAUCCUGUAUAGCCAAUGAUAUAAAUAUACCCUGUAUAGACAAUGAACUUGGAUCAAAUUCUAGUAAAGUUCUUGUGUCAAAA